AUGAUAUUUUUGAUAAUAUUAACAAUCAGAUCUAACUUUUAUUCCCUUAAAGGAAAUAUAGAAUUUGCAAAGAAUAAUAUGAAACAAUUGCAAUUGGAAUAUGAUAAUUCUAAAUAUAAUGGUAAUAAUUUUCCAACACCUCCUCGCACAAAUACACAUAAUGGUAAUAAUUUUCCAACACCUCCUCGCACAAAUACACAUAAUGGUAAUAAUUUUCCAACACCUCCUCGCACAAAUACACAUAAUGGUAAUAAAUACUCCAUUCCACCUGGCAUUAAUAUACAUGAUAUUGACGUUUCUAAGUUGUCAGACUUUGAGAAGUUAGAGAAAGAACUUAGAGAUAUUAAUGAAAAAAUUGAUGAUUAUACAUAUGAUCUUAACAAAGCCAAACAAAGUCUUGGAAGAGGGAAUAAUGGAGGGAGUGGUUACAACAGCCGUGGACAUGGAAACUAUCCUUCAG